UUAUAUAAUUUUAGAAAGAAUGCCAUUGUGAUGUCUGUUCUCCGUUUACUUCCGGUUCUUCAAAGACCGGAAGUUGCUCUGUCAGUGCCCCGCCUAUCCCUGGGUUGUUCUGGGUUUACUAAAUUAGUUUCAUCAAUUUCCUGUCGACACUAUGGAAGCAAUCCUAAUCCCAAAGUUCAGAGUCCCAACGGUAAAGACGACAAACUCCAAAUCUCGUAUCACAACGGGAACACUGUCGCUAAUCCAGUGCGGGGAGUCGUCUUCGACCUUCAGUUCGAUACGCCGCCAGUACUUUUUAUUAAAAAGUACAAACAGGUUAUAGACACUACAGAUAUAGUUUUCUCGGAUGAAUUGAACGACCUGGAGAAAUGUGGAGACAUAACUCCGAAAACAUUGACGCAGCAAAAGAUAAAAUACAUUCAGGAUGCGAUCAAACAUAGUAAAACCUUUGAAGCAUUAAAACUAAAUUUUAAGAAGAAACCCGAUCCAAUCCUUUCCGCAAAAGUGUCCGAGGGGGAGGUGCAAAGAUCAGUGUUUACAGAUUCAGAUUUCGAGAAUAUUAGGGUUGAAAGUGUGCAGGGCCUCCGACAAAAACCGGAAGUUGAAUUCGAGUGGACUCCGACCAAGCUUGAAUUAGCUUCUCUUCCAAAUCAAUAUUUGAUGUUGUCCAAGGCGAGGUUAACCCUGUUGGUGUGUAUGACCGCUACGGCUGGAUAUGCCAUGGCCCCCGGUGUUUUCAGUUUUCAUACAGCAGUGUGUGCAACUAUUGGUACUGCUAUGGCCAGUGCUGCCGCCAACACUAUUAAUCAAAUAUUAGAAGUUCCCUUCGACAGCCAAAUGAACAGAACCAAAAAUAGGGUAUUGGUUCGAGGAUGUGUUAGCUCUUUUCAUGCUUUUUCCUUUGCUCUUGCAACAGCCGGAGUAGGCACUGUGCUCUUAUACUCUCAGGUGAAUGGAAUAGCUGCUGCCCUGUCUGUGUUUAACCUGGUUCUCUAUACCUGUGUUUACACUCCUCUUAAGAGGGUCAGCAUAAUCAAUACCUGGGUUGGUAGUGUAGUGGGUGCUAUCCCGCCCUUAAUAGGCUGGUCAGCGGCUACAGGAGGGUUGGAGCCUGGAGCGUUUGUUUUAGCUGGAAUAUUGUUUGCGUGGCAGUUCCCACAUUUUAACUCACUAUCCUGGAACCUCCGGCCUGAUUACUCCAAAGCGGGAUACCGUAUGAUGAGUGUGACUCACCCUGACCUCUGCCGGCGUGUUGCACUGCGCUACUCUGCGGCAUGUAUCGGAAUUUGUACUGCAGCGCCAUUACUGGACCUCACCACGUGGGCCUUUGCCGCUGAUUCACUAAUCCUCAACCUAUAUCUCACCUUUCUAGCUUACAAAUUUUACGAAAAAGCGGACAGUAGUUCGUCACGAAAACUUUUCCGAUUCACCCUGGUUCACCUUCCUCUCCUCAUGACCUUAAUGUGGAUCAGCAAAAAGAGUUUUACCGAGGAUACAGCUACAACAACGCCGGUCAUCAUUGCAUAGAUCCAAUUUUGUUUCAAUGUCUGAUUCAAUAAAAUAUUGUUAAAAUUCAA